AUGUUCCCUCUUGUCGGCCGCCCUUUCCCAUGUCAGACAGUGUUCCUCGUCGCCCGCGCUUUCCCUAAUCACCCUCGCCUACCCUCUGGUCGCAUAUGUUCCCCUAGUCGCCCGCGCUUUCCCACGUUACUCACUCAUCCCCUCGUCGCAAACGCUGAUAGUAGACAUACCGCGUUUCAGAUUGUCACCCGCGCUCCCCUGAUCACCCUCGUCGACCCGCACCGCCCACAUUCCCUCUCGUCGCUGACGCUUCCCCCCAUCACCCUUGCCGACCCUCGCUGCCCUUGCCUCCCCUCGUCGCUCGCACGUCCCGUCGUCGCCCUUGCCUCCCAGUCACUCUCGCUUCCCCUCGUCAUCAGCGUGUGGCAGAAGGUGCACGUGGUGCGGAGCUCGUUGGCGCUGGGGUACGACGUGGUAUUCACUGAUCGUGCAAUUCACUGGGAUGCCAACUCGCACGCCAACGGCGAUCUCUACGCGGUGCGCAGCAACACGCAUGCGCAUGCUCAAGUUCUUAGAUUACUGGAUCCCCUGGCACAAGUGAUGAGUGUCGCUCUCUCACACUCUGCCGCAAUGCUGCUCCCCCUUGUGCCUGCCGCCUGCUGUCCACGCCUUCCAUCCCACCUCUCCCUUUCCCCGUCUGUUUCUAUAUGUGCCGAAUCCCUCUCGCUCUUCUACUCACUACGGUCUCUCUCCCUUCCUUCAACCCGCUCUACUUGCCGCCCAGUCUAUUCUCCUUUGCCACACUUGCUUCCCCCCUCCCUCCUCCCUGCUUCCCCCCUCCCUCCUCCCUGCUUCCUCCCUCCCUACGCCCAGCUUCCUCCCUCCCUCCGCCCAGCUUCCCCCCUCCCUACGCCCAGCUUCCUCCCUCCCUCCGCCCAGCUUCCUCCCUUCCUCCGCCCAGCUUCCUCCCUCCCUCCGCCCAGCUUCCUCCCUCCCUCCGCCCAGCUUCCUCCCUCCCUCCGCCCAGCCUCCUCCCUCCCUACGACCAGCUUCCUCCCUCCCUCCGCCCAGCUUCCCCCCUCCCUAAGCCCAGCUUCCUCCCUCCCUCCGCCCAGCUUCCUCCCUCCCUCCGCCCAGCUUCCUCCCUCCCUCCGCCCAGCUUCCUCCCUCCCUCCGCCCAGCUUCCUCCCUCCCUCCGCCCAGCUUCCUCCCUCCCUCCGCCCAGCUUCCUCCCUCCCUCCGCCCAGUAGCCCACCCUCCUUCUGCAAUGCUUCCCCCAUCCCUCUGCCCUGCUUCCCUCCGCCCUCCGUCUUGCUUACCCCCACCCUCUUAGAGGUGAGACUCACGCAUCAGGUGAGCAUUCGACCACCCCAUAUGCCCCUCCUCUCCCUCUAUCUCACCGUCUUUCCUGUCCCUCCCCAUGUGCCUCUCCAAUCCCUCCCCAUGUGCCUCUCCAAUCCCUCCCCAUGUGCCUCUCCAAUCCCUCCCCAUGUGCCUCUCCAAUCCCUCCCCAUGUGCCCCUCCAAUCCCUCCCCAUGUGCCUCUCCAAUCCCUCAAUACAGGCCGCUCCAAUCCCUCCCCAUGUGCCUCUCCAUUUUCUCCCCAUGUGGCUGCGCAGCGAGGAGGGGGGAUGCACGCGCAACAGUGGGGCAGCGCAACAGAUUUGUGUGCAAGCUCAGUGACCAUUCUCCCCCCCCCUUCCUGCCUCCACCCAACUACUUGCAGACCUUUUUGGAUUACAUUCACAUCCGGAAGGAGGAGAGGGAUCUGAGUGCCCUGGCCAGCAGCACCACAGUGUUGGUGUUGUGGGAGGUGCACCCCUGA